AUGGCCUCAGUACUGUUCACUCAGUCAUUUUGUCAACCUCAGGCUGCAGCAGCCAUAUCACAUCUAACCUCCCUUUUUGGAAGUGCAAGGGCUAUCUCGAGCCAUAAAGAUCUGAGGCUCAGGCGGCAAGAUGUUCACAACAAACAACAGAAACCAAAUGUGACAUCAGGAAAGGAUUUAAAUCAAGAGAAGGAGCAAUGUGGGCUGUCACAAGUUACUGACUUAUUCUCGCUACUCAAAGACACGGAUGUAACAACCCCUACUAUAGCCCUCAUCCAGCGAGCACGGAAAAAGGAUAGUGCUUUGAAUUGGGCUCAGUGUCAUACCUCAGCUAGCACAUUUUUUGAAAACAAAAUAGGAUUUUCGCAAGCACACUUGAACGUGGAGCAUCCUGCAGGGGUAUCCAUCAUGCGGACAGCAGCACAGGAUCCUUUAUUCAGGAGAAUUUUGACAUCACUUGUCCACUCACACAAUGUGCAGCUGAGAGGUUUCAAGACACAUCGGUCAGAGAGACACACUGGGGUUGGUGUUCGGCCUCGGCGAGAGCACCAGGAGUCACUGAUAGACAACGUGCAGGACUUCUUUGGCAGCCGGUCCAACAAGAAUUCUCUUGGUGUCAAGUCAGCACCAGGCUUGUCCACUUUAUCUGGAGCAGUCAAGUCUCUUUCUGAUCCUGACCCUGAGGUGGAAAGGAAACUGAAGGUUGCUUUUGCUGAAGGUUACAAGGCAAGAGAAGAAAACACAAAGAAGAGGUGGUCUAAUCUGAGAAGUUUUAUUUUCUUGGCUUUAACAAUAUGGCUGGUAGUGCAACUGUUUUCCUCCAACAUUUCCAUCAAGCCUGGAGGAUCACUGGGCUUUCUUAACAGUAUUACGUACGAAGUCAAUGCAGAAGAUGUCAAUGUUACGUUUGCCGACGUCAAAGGGGCAGCAGAAGCCAAACAAGAAUUGCAGGAUAUUGUCAACUUUCUCCGAGAUCCAGAAAAAUACACUUCACUUGGGGCUAAGCUGCCUAAAGGUGUUUUACUUGUGGGUCCUCCAGGAGUUGGCAAAACUCUGCUUGCUAGGGCAGUUGCUGGUGAAGCUGGUGUUCCAUUCUUUCAUGCUUCUGGGUCAGAGUUUGAUGAAAUGUUUGUUGGACUGGGAGCCCGGCGCAUUCGACAGCUGUUUUCUGCUGCUAAGGAACAGGCUCCUUGUAUAAUAUUCAUUGAUGAGUUUGACUCUGUGGGGGCCAAGAGAACUAGUUCUGCUAUCCACCCUUAUGCUAAUCAGACAGUGAAUCAACUCCUCAAUGAAAUGGAUGGGUUUCAACAAAAUGAAGGCAUAAUUGUUAUGGGUGCUACCAACAAGGUGGAUAACAUGGACAAAGCUUUGAGACGUCCCGGUCGAUUCGAUAUUGAAGUGACAGUGCAGCUCCCUGAUCUAAAAGGUCGCAAGGAAAUUAUUGAACUGUAUAUCAGUAAAAUCAAGAAGGAUCCUGAUGUCGAUGUAGAUAAGCUUGCCAGGGGAACUACUGGGUUUUCAGGUGCAGAGUUGGAAAAUUUGAUCAACCAGGCAGCCUUGAAAGCUGUCAUUGAUGGUCGGGAAACUGUCACCAUGAGUCACCUUGAUUUUGCCAGAGACAAAAUCCUGAUGGGUCCUGAGAGAAAGAACAGGAUCCCUGAUGAAGAAACCAACUGGUUAACAGCCUAUCAUGAAGCAGGUCACACCCUGGUGUCUUACUUCACCAAGGAUUCCACACCACUACACAAAGUGACCAUCAUACCCAGGGGUCAAUCAUUAGGUCAUACUGCAUUUAUUGAUGAGAAAGAGGUCUACAACAAAACAGUGUCCCAGCUGAAAGCCUCUAUGGACACUGCCAUGGGAGGCAGAGCAGCAGAGGAGUUGAUCUACGGAACUGAAAAGGUGACCACAGGAGCAUCCAAUGACCUGCAACAGGCUACAAGGAUUGCCACUUCAAUGGUGAUGGUCAACGGCAUGUCAGAUAAGGUUGGAUUGAGGUCAUUCGUGGAUACAGAAAUUAGUCCAGGCCAGAGAGAGGUCAUUGACUUGGAAAUCAGAAGGUUUCUUCAGGAGUCCUAUGACAGAGCGAAGAGCAUUCUGAAACAGCACAACACAGAACUGAACAACCUGGCACAAGCACUGAUCAAGUACGAGACUUUAGACAAAGAUGAGAUUCAGCAGGUUGUGGAAGGCAAGAAGCUGCAUAAAAGUGUAUGA